CUUGGGUUUGUGUCACAUUCAUUCAAGACCCGAAAAAUGGCAGGUCCAGAUUUAGUCAAAACUGUGGUGUACACGAUUAAUAAUAUAUUACAGCAAGAAAAGUAUAAAGCUGCACUUGCAAUUGUUAAAGGAUUCCGAAAUGGUGCUGUUUAUGGGGCAAAAAUCCGGGCACCCCAUGCUCUUGUCAUGACGUUUCUUUUUAGAAGUGGAAGCCUGAAAGAUAAGCUGCGAGCCAUUGUGAAGGCCACGUACCAACACUCGCGCAACCUCGCCUACUUUGUGUUCACGUACAAAGGACUGCAAGCCCUACAGGAGAGGAUCCAGGGGAAGAGUCUACCAUCUCAGUCCUUCUUCGCCGCCUGCCUCGGUGGCUGGUUGGUGUUUGGGGAAAACAACAACAUCAAUAGCCAGAUCAACAUGUACCUGCUGUCUAGGAUCCUGUUUGCCUUGUCUCGCCUGGCUGUGGAGAAGGGCAUUGUACCACAGCCCAAGCGGGACCCCUUCCCCCUGUUUGCUACCCUGGUGUGGGGCAUUGUGCUAUGGCUGUUCGAGUACCACCCCCACACCCUGCAGCCUUCACUGCAGUCCUCCAUGAACUACCUCUACCACGACAGCAACGUGUGGCACGAUAUCUCAGACUUCCUUGUCUACAACAAGCCAAGGACUGUCGCUCCCAAGUGAGCUAAAGCUAAAAUAAGCAUCUCAAUAGACUAAAGUGUCUUCCUCGUCUCCUUUCCUUCAUCUGGUCUGAAAGAACUGGACAGGGUGGAAUGCAAAUUCCUGGUAUGACUUUAGACUGUUGCGAUGCAGGCCUGGGCCCGUAUUUAAAGUGUCCAGAGUAGGAGGGCUGAGCUUGGAUCAGUUUUGCCCUUUAGAAAAUAAUGAAUAAGAUGAUACAUACAGUACCACUCAAAUGUUUGGACACACCUACUCAUUCAAGGGUCUUUAUUUUGACUAUUUUCUACAUUGUAGAAUAAUAGUGAAGAUAUCAAAAUGAUGAAAUGACACAUGGAAUCAUGUAGUAACCAAAACUUAGAUUUUAGCUUCUUCAAAGUAGCCACCAUUUGCCUUUGACAGCUUUGCACACUCUUGGCAUUCUCUCAACAGCUUCACCUGGAAUGCUUUUCCAACAGUCUUGAAGGAGUCCCCACAUAUACUGUGCACUUGUUGGCUGCUUUUCCUUCACUCUGCAGUCCAAUUCAUCCCAAACCAUCUCAAUUGGGUUGAGGUCGGGUGAUUGUGGAGGCCAGGUCAUCUGAUGCAGCGCUCAUCACUCUGCUUCUUGGUCAAAUAGCCCUUAUACAGCCUGGAGGUGUGUUGGGUCAUUGUGCUAUAAGCGAAACGCCAUCCCAUCUGGUUAUCACUGCAGAAUGCUGCAUUAGCCAUGCUGGGUAAGUGUGCCUUAAAUUCUAAAUAAAUCACAGACCGUGUCACCAGCAAAUCAUCAUCACACCUCCUCCGUGCUUCACGGUGGGUACUACACAUGGAGAUCAUCCAUACACCUACUCUUCAUCUUUUUGGUUGGAACCAAAAAUCUCAAAUUUGGACUCCAGACCAAAGGACAGAUUUCCACCAGUCUAAUGUCGAUUGCUCAUGUUUCUUGGCCUAAUCACAACUCUUCUUCUUAUUGGUGUCCUUUAGUAGUGGCUUAUUUGCAGCAAUUCAACCAUGAAGGCCUGAUUCAUGCAGUCUCCUCUGAACAGUUGAUGUUGAGAUGUGUGAAGCAUUUACUUUGGCUGCAAUUUCUGAGGUGCAGUUAACUCUAAUGAACUUAUCCUCUGCAGCAGAGGUAACUGGGUCUUCCUUUCCUGUGGCGGUCCUCAUUAGAGCCAGUUUCAUCAUAGAGCAUGAUGGUUUUUGCCACUGCACUUGAAGAAACUUUCUUGACAUUUUCCAGAUUGACUGACCUUCAUGUCUUAAAGUAAUAAUGGACUGUCGUUUCUCUUCGCUUAUUUGAGCUGUUCUUGCCAUAAUAUGUACUUGGUCUUUUACCAAAUAGGGCUAUUUUGUGUGUACCACCCCUACCUCGUCACAACACAACUGAUUGGCUCAAACGCAUUAAGAAGGAAAGAAAUUCCACAAAUGCACUUUUUACAAGGCACAUCUGUUAAUUGAAAUGCAUUCCAGGUGACUACUUUAUGAAACUGAUUGAGAGAAUGCUAAGUGUGUGUCAAGCUGUCAUCAAGGCAAAGGGUGGCUAUUUGAAGAAUAUCAAAUAUAAAAUAUCUGGAUUUUGGUUACUACAUGAUUCCAUAUGUGUUAUUUCAUAGUUUUGAUGUCUUCACUAUUAUUCUACAAUGUAGAAAAUAGUUUAAAAAAAGAAAACCCUUGGAUGAGUAUGUGUGUCCAAACUUUUGACUGGUACGGUAUAUCGCCUAGAUCAGCACUAUUUGUGAAUACGGGUCCUGGUUCUCUGCCAUGUUAAAUCAAGAGCUAGUGAUUAUAAACCUUUAAAGAAAUGAAAUAUUUUUAAAUAAAUGUUGUCUUUCAUUAAGAACUAUGUGCUCCUAGAUCUAGUUUAAGUGAAAUAAAUAAUACCCGAAAAGGUGUGAAGCGGAUUUGCUCUCCCUGUCAAUCUAGAAUUGUAUCAGUUUUUAUAUGCUACUGUAGUUUAGAACAGAGUUUCCCAAGCUCGGUCCUGGGGGUAUGUUUUAGUUUUUGCCCGGGCACUACACAGCUGAUUCAAGUAAUCAAAGCGUGACCAUGAGUUGGUUAUUUGAAUCAGCUGUGUAAACCAAAAUGUGGCCCCCUGCUUAACCCCUGCUUAAGACUAUGCACUACCUACAGUUUUAUUUUUCAAUUCACUUACCGCACUUGAUUCAUAGAAUAGCAUAUUUUCCAGUAAUUACUAGAUUCUUUGUAAUAUUUCCUUCAUAAGAUAGGGCUACUUUGUUUUUAAUAACCAAACAGUAAGCAGGAUUUAAUGUGAUAUUUCCAUGAUCUAAAACCGGUGUUUUUAAACAUUUUAUUUUAAUAUUUAUUUAAUUAAUUAUUUAAUUAUUUUACUUUCCUUAGUUGUUUUUGGUACAAAUCAUCAGUUUGACCUUGAACAGUGUUUGCUUGUUAAAUGUUUGUUAGAAUUACUUUUUUUGAAACGUAGAUUAGCAUGAUACAAAAUGUACAUACAGUUCUCUUAAGUGAAUUGCCUUUCUUAGCCAUACUGUCAUUGAACAAUGCUUUUUCAUUUAUUGAGGACACAUUCACUGUGCUAUUCAUGGUAAAGUCUGUGUCCUUUUCAGAUCACACACUUUACAAUGUUGUUUUUGUAAGUGGUGUAAAAACAAGAAUAGUCUGACCCAUUCUUACUUUCUCAAUCUUUUUUAUGUCUAGCAUUGAGCCUUUGGUCUGUUUGUUGCUCAAUUCAGGUUCCACCCGUGGAGUGGGAGUGAACGUGAUACAAGCCCAUUUCCGUUUCUCCCUCAUCGAGUAUGCACGCAUUCAGUCCCCCUCAAGGAUUUCAAACCAUUGGUGUAUGCAUUUGGCUUGAGGGAGCCUCAAUUAUAUUCCUUUCACCAACCCAUUCCUCACAAAAUUAUUCUGCUUAGAAUUGGAAUUGGGCUACAGAUUACAUUCAGUUAUCUAAUUAUACAGGCACUUCAAAUGCAACAGAAUAAAUGCUGUUUUAUGAUUUA